CAUAAUUGUACGAUUGUUGCUGUAGUCGACGUACCUUUGGUAGGUCAUCAAGAAGGGCUUAAAAGUUUGCCCACUCUGUAGACACCAUGGCCAAUAACACUCUUCUUCAAGUUUGUCAUCGAAAUGACGACAACAAAUGGUACGAGGUAACAAUGUCAAACGGCAAGAGCAGAAAGUACCCGUACGUCUGGCUGAAGGACAACUGCAGAUGUGCAGCAUGUUACAACACCUCGUGUCUUCAACGUGAAACCCUGAUUGUUAACCUUGACGUAGACAUCGUGCCUGCGUCGGAGUCGGUCGCCAAGGAUGGGAAGAGUUUCGAGGUUGUUUGGCCCGAUCAACACCGAAGCACCUUUCAAACUGAGUGGCUGGAUGCUCAGCGCUUCUCGGAGUCUGAAGUCGAUCCGGUUAGCUUCCCAGAGUUUAAUGUGUGGGGCGCUGAAAUGAAUGGUAACAUCAAGGCGUUUGAUUACAACGCUAUCUUGGCAACGGAUGAAGAGUUUUAUGGGUGGCUGCGAACGAUUCAGACGACAGGGCUUGCCUUGGUGCGAGGUGCUCCAACUGAGAAGGGUGUAUGCCGCAAGUUAGCUGACAGGGUAGCUUUCUUCAGGCGAACAAUUUAUGGAGAAGAAUUUCAGGUAGAGAGUAGGCCAUCCAAUGUUAGCAGUCUAGGUUACACGUCAAAGUUCUUGGUUCUUCACUCGGACUUGCCUUACUAUGAGCACCCACCAGAUGUGCAACUUCUCCACUGUAUUGAACAAGCCAAGGGCAAAGGAGGUGAGAAUCAGUUUGUGGAUGGCUGGAAGAUAGUGAAGCAACUUAAGGAGGAGUAUCCAGAUCUCUACAAGAUGCUUAGCACAGUGCCUGUCGAUUACAAGAAUGCGGCAACAGAUAGGUACCCGUUUCAUAUGAAGCUUGCUCGGCCAAUCAUUGACUUUGAUCUUCGUGGAGAACUAUGCAUGCGCUACAACGAUCCUAUACGUGCUUCAUACAUGCUAAUGCCGGUAGACCGAGUGACUGACAUGUACAGGGCCAUUAAAGAGUUUAACCGCAUCAUUUAUCUCCCAGAAAAUGUUGUCCAUCAUCGUCUAUCUGAAGGUGAAGUGAUAACCUUCAACAACAGACGGCUGUUGCAUGGGCGCAACUCUUUUACGGUUGAAAGUGGAAGUGGCCGAUUGCUAGAAGGAGGCUACAUUGACUGGGACGAAGUCCGAUCUCGUAUACGUGUGCUCCGGGAAAAGCUGUACAGCGUCGAAAGACUUUAACUAUGGUGGCAGAAUCAGAGCUCUUUGUAUCUAGAUAGUUGCGACAGGGAACAAUUUUCUAUACGGUCAAACGGUUUCUGGACGCUAUGUUUUAGCCCAAUUGCAGUCACAAUCUAACACGCAGACUAUGUGUUGGACCCAGUACAGGUAUUAAGCCCAUGCGUUUUAUUAAUAAGUAAUAUGAUUCCUGAACAAUUGUAAACAAAUCCUCUAUUUUUAAACUGUUUUUUUUUUUUUUUUGUAUUCUGGUUUGGAAGGCAGUGGUGGUGGUGCUGGAGGAGGCUGGGGCGGGGUUC